GUAAUCUGACGGCUCGUAUUGGCCGAUCGAAAAACACCAAUCUCUCUCUUUCUGGUCUUCGCAACUCCGGCCUUUUGAUAUUCCUCCGCGACGCUGCGUCAUCGUUUUCCUUCGUUUCGAAGUUUCGACCCCGAAAUCACCAAUCUCCCUCUCUCCCUCUCUCUCUCUCUCUCUCUCUCUCUCUCUCUCUCUCUCUCUCUCUAACCCUAAGUGCUCCCCAGAAGUCACAGACAAGCAGGCGCGUAUCAAUCAAUCUCCUCGAGCUUCUCUUUGGCUGGCAUCGGCUACCGGAUUAGGGUUUCUGCGGCGGUGAUGCCUUGCAGUAAAAGCUUGAUUAGCUGAUUGAUUUCCUAGGGUUUCUGAUUCGAAACUAUGUCAGGGAAAUCGAGGGGUCGAGUCACCAUCACGCUUGGGCGCGGUGGCCAGGUAGUGAAGAGGUCUGUUUCGGGGUCUUCAUUAACUGAUUCCAUACCCGUGGCUGGGACCAAGCGGUCUGUUAGAGAUAGGUUAGGAAGUAAUGUAGACGGUUCUUUGUCGCAUGGAAGCUUACACAACAAUAAACGCCAGCGAGGAGACAAUGGUAGGUCAAGUUUGAAUUUCAAUGGUUACGAUGAUGCACACAUUGGUAGAGGUGAUCUUCGGUUUAAACUCAUGCAAAAAAAUGCAUUUAGACGAGCUCAGAGUGAUGACGGUCAGAGGCAUGGGGACCUUCGUGAGAAGCUUUCAAAGGCAGUUCAGCGCCCUGUCACUGUCCAUGACUCACGUCAGCACCUUCCUGAAAUAAAAGAGACUAGCUUUAUAGGUCGAAUUCCUUCUUCAAGGGCAGAUGAUUUGCCUCAUGUGGACUCGUUAAGAAACUCUUAUUCCCCUUGGACUCUGGACCAUUUAAGACGAAGAUCCCCAGAUAGAGUUGUAGUCACUUCUAGGGGUCUCUCCUCUCCGAGGAAUCCCAAAGAAUUGGAGAGAAGGCCACUAAGCAGGGCAUUUGAUGAUGUCAGAUUGGAUCCAUAUAUGAGGAAAGAUGUUCCUGGUUCUACAAGGCCUGCAAGUAGUGUUCCUUUCAUGUCCAGUUCUCCAUUGCCUCAUGUGUCUGCGAAACCUGUGGCCCCACCCCCACCCCACUUGAGUCAAAUUCCUCCACUGAGCAGCAUUGUACAGAAAAGUUCAUAUGCGGGUGAUGAACAGCAGACUGUAGAUGGCUUGCUACAUACGCUGGGAUUGGGAAAAUAUGCCAUUAUUUUUAAGGCUGAGGAAAUUGAUAUGACCGCAUUGAAGCAGAUGGGAGAAAAUGAUCUCAAAGAGCUGGGAAUACCUAUGGGACCUAGGAAGAAGCUUCUUCUUGCUCUCCUGCCUCGUUCCAAGCGGCCUCCAGCGACAAAUGUACAUUGAAAACCAAGAUAUCUUGGGGCCAUCGGUUACUAUUCGGUGAUUGAAAGCGCAUGUUAGAAAGCCCUUUUUUUAUGAAAUGAUCAGCGUGUACUUGCUCCAGUCGGGGUGUCAUAUUUGCCCUUCAACCAGUUGUCGCAUUUUUAAAUUAGAGAUCGUUGUUGGUUUAUAGUAAUUGUAAUUGAUGGUACCAGAAAAAUUUUGAGAUGUAGAAUGAUUUAUCGCUUGUUCUAAAACUUGUCCCUCCAAAUGGUCAGGCAAAUAAGAAAGGCUUUUAAUUAUUUUA